AGCAGGCCCGAAGGGGCGACUCUAAAGGGUCAUGGCUUGAAGAGCCUUCAUCUAUCUCUGAUUAUAUUCAGAAGAUGUAUAAGUAUCUUCAUAUCGCUUUUGAUUUUCGAUUGGUGUAUCGACCACCACAUUGG